AACACUCCGCUUUGUCAACAGCACAUCCAUCGAUGAUCACUACUGAAGCCACAGGAAAGUAACAAAGCCUCCUACACUGGGGCAAUACGACGAGGAAUACGAUUAAAGUCUCCGGACUAAAGCUGCCAACCAAUCAGGACGCACGUCUUCAAUUAAAGCAAAAACACAUCAGGACUAGCCAGGACAGAACAACAUACCAUGACUUGUGCAUGCUGAUCGAGAACAAUUCUUUUCGCCCCCUGAUCACUCUCACUCCCCUACCUUAUCUAUACUUCCUUUCUUCUCCCGAUGCCUCCGAGAACCUCCGGCUCCGGUUCCGGCUCCGGCGCCGCUACUGCCAAGCUCCGCCGGGCACAUCGCAAGUCCCGGAACGGCUGCUUGGAGUGUAAGAGACGACAUAUCAAGUGCGAUGAGAACCGUCCUGCGUGUAGUAACUGCGUCAUCAGUGAGAGGACAUGCUCGUUUCCUGCUCCGCCUACUCCAGCCGCUGCGCCUACUCCACCAGAGCAACCUGUGUCUUCCUUCAAUGAGCCUAUGAGUACCAGUCAGGUUGAGAGUCCUGCCGAUACCAUCUCGAGCACUACGGCCUCUCACCGGCCUUCUUCAAUACCACCUCCGUCAUAUCUUGCACUAAACUCCAACUCCGGCUUCUCAUCGAAUGUUGAUGACGGCGCACACUCGACUUCUCUGCCAUCUUUCACAGAAUCGUUCGCUGCUGCAGACUUGUCUGAGUCGCCUCUAUCAAAUUCACUGUCAGACUCUCUUCCUACGCCAACCUUUACCAACAAGCACCUCAUACUGUUACAUCACUUCCGCAAAUCUCUACUAUUCGAUGUUGACAACGUCGACAUCAUCAUAGACCUCGCUCUCGACUGGUCAUCAGAAGCUCCGUACGCUCUGGACCAGCUCCUCGCUAUAUCAGCAGAUCACCUUGCCAUGACUCUCGUUGAAACUUCAGCUGAAAGCGCAGCUUCUUGGAGGCGCAUCGCUACCGAGUUACAGACUCGAGCUCUUACGUACUUCAACAGAGACAGCCAAGACGCUGCCAGUUACGAGUCUCGCUUUGUUCCCCGUUUCUUGCUCUCGUCCUUGCUGAGCUUACAUAUGCUUUACGACACACUCACUCAGUAUCGAGCCACAUUUCACGUCUUUAUAGAGAGAUUCUGUGACUCUGUCUGCCUUCAUCGCGGCGUGAAAUCGUCUUCAUCGCCAGGCUACCAGACUCUUAUCAGAUCUCCCCUAGCGCCAUUCUUUCUCGGUGUCAAAAACGCAGCAGAGCUCGGUGAUAAGGGCGAUGAGUGUGCCCCCCUCAUAACUCUCAUCGAAAACUCUGAUUUGAGUCCAUCAGCCGUGGAAGCAUGCAGUACAGCCGCUCGUACAUUACAGUGGGCUUUCAAUGUUCACAGGAAUCUACCCAAGAGUGUAAACGUACAAGCUGCCUCGGCUUUUCCAGUUGUGUUGGACGAUAAUUACGUAGAGCCAGUUCGAAAGCACCGCCCCGAAGCGUUGCUCGUCUUGGCUUAUUAUGGUGUUCUCCUCCACAGAUGUCGACAUGUCUGGUUGUUUGGCGAUUCGGGCGCAUUCCUGAUCCAUUUGAUUGCGGAUCACCUUGGAAGCUACUGGAAGGAGGCUUUGCGAUGGCCACUUGAGGAGUUGGAAAGGGAUCAAGGAUGAGAAGAUUGACAGAGGACAAGACUCUAGUCCUGUACCGAUGACGUUCAGAGCGAGGACAUUGAGAUGCCUUCACAGGAGCAAUUCCCUAUGCGAGCUCGUGGAAGCACCGCAUUCGAACACAUCAAGGGCAACAAAGACGUCGCCGAGCUUAGGUCGCAGACCUUCGCACCACCAUACAAGGAGUCAGAUCAUCAAGCAUCGAAAUAGGAAAUCAGGGACGUGAUCUUUUAGGAAUCCUUCGGAGGUGUCGUCGAUUCCGACCAAGGUUAAGCUGGCCUGGUUCAAGCUUGGCCUAGGCUAGUAUGAACUUGGAGGAGAACGUGAAGGCUUUAGGCUGUGAUCAUCUGUUGUGAUGAUAUCAUUUAUGCUUGCAACUGUCAUGUUCAUCAUAGAGUGGCUUUAGAGGCAGGAAAAGAUACCAUUCGAAGGACGAUGACCUCAAAUCUUUCAAUAAACAAGUAAAAUACUUCAAACACCUCCAUCUAUAACAGUUUCAUCAACACCAGUGAAUAUCUCCUUUCAUUUCACGGACAGGAGCACACACAUAUCCGAUGAAUGCCAUCUCAUCUUUCU